AUGUCAGAACAAUCAGAACAAGCAGAACAAGCAGAAUCACCAAUACAUACUGUUUAUUUAAUCAAUCCAACUAAUAGUGUUGAAAAUGACACAUUUAGAAUUUCCUUUUUUGAUGGUGUAUUAUAUUGGGCCCAUUCAACAAAUUUUAUUGGUUUCCAUGGAGGUUAUCAAACAGUAAGUACUACUGGCAUUAAUUACCGUUUCCAUGGCAAUGAUGAUCACUACCAGGUUGAGUAUAUUUGUAAGAAUACUCCUUCAAGUGUUUUUAAAUAUCUCAGAGAAGAAAUCCAAUCCUUAGAUGGAUUCCACCAACAUGUUCUUCCAACUGGCACCGGUACUAUCAUUUUGAAAUCUGAAAUCAGCGCAUUGCGUUUAAGAGUUGUUGCCCGAAAUAUUUAA